GCCCCCUGACCCUGCGCGGCGGCAGCGGCGGCAGGAGUGGAGGCUGCUGCUGGCCGUUUCCUGGUGGCCUGGCGGCGGCGCGGGAGGGAGGAUGCGGCGCAGGUCUCGGCUGCUGCUCUGCUUUGCCUUCCUCUGGGUGCUGGGCAUCGCCUACUACAUGUACUCGGGCGGCAGCGCCGCACUGGCUGGCGGCAGCGGCGGCGGGAGGAAGGAGGACCCAAAUGAUAUCGACCCAAAAAGGAAAGAUGUGCGUGGCAGCGAUGGGGAAGACAAAGCACAAAGUGUGGAGACGCUACCUCCAGGAAAAGUUCGGUGGCAAGACUUCGAUCAAGAUGCUUAUGUUGGCGCUACCGUGGUGCGAUCUGGUCAGGAUCCGUAUGCCCGCAAUAAGUUCAAUCAGGUGGAAAGUGACAAACUGCGAAUGGACCGAAGCAUUCCUGACACCAGGCAUGAUCAGUGUCAGCGGAAACAAUGGCGGAUAGAUUUGCCAGCCACUAGUGUGGUGAUCACCUUUCAUAAUGAGGCAAGAUCUGCUUUGCUUCGAACUGUUGUCAGUGUCCUUAAAAAAAGCCCAUCACAUCUUAUUAAGGAAAUCAUACUGGUGGAUGACUACAGUAACGAUCCUGAGGAUGGUGCUCUUUUGGGAAAAAUUGAGAAAGUGCGGGUUCUUCGCAAUGAUCGCCGAGAAGGCUUGAUGCGCUCCCGUGUCAGAGGUGCAGAUGCAGCACAAGCAAAAGUGCUGACCUUCCUGGAUAGUCACUGUGAAUGUAAUGAACACUGGCUGGAACCACUUCUGGAAAGAGUAGCUGAGGACAAGACCAGAGUUGUGUCUCCUAUUAUUGAUGUAAUUAAUAUGGACAACUUCCAGUACGUGGGGGCGUCAGCUGAUUUAAAAGGCGGCUUUGAUUGGAACCUGGUGUUCAAAUGGGAUUACAUGACACCAGAGCAAAGAAGAGCACGGCAAGGAAAUCCAGUAGCUCCCAUAAAGACACCCAUGAUAGCUGGUGGCUUGUUUGUGAUGGACAAAUCCUAUUUUGAAGAACUAGGGAAGUAUGACAUGAUGAUGGAUGUUUGGGGUGGAGAAAACUUGGAAAUCUCGUUCAGAGUUUGGCAGUGUGGUGGAAGCCUAGAAAUCAUCCCUUGCAGCAGAGUGGGUCACGUAUUCCGCAAACAGCAUCCUUACACAUUUCCUGGUGGGAGUGGUACUGUGUUUGCAAGAAAUACACGCAGGGCAGCAGAAGUCUGGAUGGAUGAGUACAAAAAUUUCUAUUACGCAGCAGUGCCUUCAGCCAGGAAUGUACCUUAUGGCAAUAUUCAAAGCCGUAUGGAACUUAGAAAGAGACUUAGCUGCAAACCCUUCAAGUGGUAUCUUGAAAAUGUUUAUCCUGAGUUACGGGUACCUGAUCAUCAAGAUAUAGCUUUUGGGGCUUUGCAACAGGGUACCAACUGCCUUGACACUUUGGGCCACUUUGCAGAUGGUGUUGUCGGAGUUUAUGAAUGUCAUAAUGCCGGGGGAAACCAGGAAUGGGCCUUAACAAAGGACAAGUCGGUGAAACAUAUGGAUUUGUGCCUUACUGUCGUGGACAGAGCACCUGGUUCACUAAUAAAACUUCAGGGCUGCAGGGAAAAUGACAGCAGACAGAAAUGGGAACAAAUUGAAAGCAACUCUAAACUGAGGCACGUUGGCAGCAACCUCUGUCUAGACAGCCGAAAUGCCAAAAAUGGUGGUCUCACCGUUGAGAUCUGCAGUCCUUCUUUGUCACAACAGUGGAAAUUCACACUCAAUCUGCAGCAGUAGAAAGACUUAAAGCAAAAUGCUGUUUCGAUUCAGAGACAUUGGGCAAAGUUUUGAUUGAAUUACUGAUGUAUUUCUUAAAACUUUCCACGGAACUUAUAUACCUCAGUAUUCCACCUUUAUCUGAAAAUAGGAGAGUGCUGAAGCAGACAGCAGGGAUCCAGGGGACUUGGAGCACUGCAAAAGUGUCACUGAACAUGACUGCAGCACAGUUCCUUCUUGGUGUGAAGACUUCAACGGUUCCUUUCUGUCUUCAGUUACACACUUGCACAGCAGAUAAUUAACUCUAGGAACAACUGAUGUAUGAUAAAAAAGGAUCUGAAGAAACACCUGCGGGGAACAGGGUGUGGGAGGGAGGGAGGGUGGGAACAACUGCUAGGAGAAGGUCAUUUGAAAACUCCAUUUGCAUAGAAACCACGGUUUGUUGUUUCCGGAAACAGAAGUGUCAUUUUGAAGGCUUUUUUUUUUUUCUCCUGUGUGUACUUGGUAAUUUGAAUAUGAACUUUUCUAUGAUGGACUCUAAAUAUAAAUAUAUAAAAGUAUAUAUAUUGUCAGCUCCCAACGGUUUAUAUCAGUUUUCAUCAUCCUAUAAUUAUCAACAAAGUGAUAGACGUAUGUAUAAACAGAAAUUGGAUUGGAAUGCUAGGAGAGUGAAAGUUUAUGAAGGUGCGGAUUUUGUGCUGCUGAGUAUGAUGUCCGUGCUAACACUGGAUGCUUUUGCUUUGCAAACUGGAUCUACUUCUUAACACUUCGCCCUCACUGGAGAUCAUGAAACUCAGGAGGAGAAAGAAAAUAGCAGAAUAAGCCAAUGCAUCUGCACAGAUGAUUGCUCUGAUUGCUUAUUCCAACUUGGAAAUUCAUUACAUGUGCUCUUGGUAACCUUAAACUUGGACUUGAUAUUUGUGUUGAUAAUUUCUGUAGUACUUUGUCUUUAAAAUACUUCUUCUUUCGUUACAAAACGGUAUAAACGGUGCAGAUCUUUAGUGCAGCCAUGUGGGUUCAGCACAGUUUUGUUCUGGCCCUAAUGAGAAAAAUUAGUCUCAGACUCCCCUUCUGAGUUGUCGAAAUAAGAUGCAAUAGUAACGUCACUGUCGACAGCACAAGACCUGAAUUUCAACUUGCAAGGAUGAGCAGCUAUGUAAUAUCUCUGAACUGCACUUGCUUAAUUUAUAGACUUACUACUGGGAAAUUUUCUUCCAUUUUGUUUCUUUAAAUGGAGCUUUUGAAGGGAUUCAGGCUUGGCUCUGGGAAUCGGCCUGGAUACCAGCAGAUCCUAUGUGUUUUAACCAUAGAACCCAUGCGUUUUGCAGCUUCAGUCCAGCUGAUGUCAUUUUUAUAUUAAAGUAAUACUGUCAAAGUUAACCGCA